AUGACCUGCCUAGAUGAAAGCAGCCGCGAUGGACUACAAUCGACUACAACGUCAACUACCUUGAUACCUUCGGCAGUGCUGACUACAGCCAGUACAGCAGAAAAGCUCGAUGCGCCCGCAACUCUUCCAGAUGGCUGUACGCUUGGACCAGUCUUAGGCAAAACGUCUCGUGGUAUAAUAUCGCUAUCAAAAUCUUCUGAGGAAGCAGUAGAGGAGCAUGAAGAAGUACGAGUGAUAUGGGUAGAUUUCCCCCCUGGGUCGCAAGAGAACCCAUUCUUCUUUUCAAAACGACGUAAGCUCGGUAUAAUGGCUGUAGCCUUGUUCUUCGCAAACAUCACAGCAUUUGAGACAUCCUCGUAUUCCAUUGGUAUACCGUCAAUGAAAAGGGAUCUUGGUGCGACCGAUCUACAAGCUGCUGCAGGGAUAUCGUUGUACGGAUGGGGCUUUGCGAUCGGACCCCUCGCCAUAGCGCCUCUAACAGAAGAAUUCGGUCGUUAUUGGAUGUAUAUCAUUUCGAUAUUUACAUAUACUCUGUGCCAUUUAUCUCACGGAGUGGGCAAGAACAUCGGUUCAAUCCUCGUCGGAAGGUUUCUUCUUGGUAUAACAGGGUGCGUGGGUGCGACGGUGGUAUCUGGAUCUGUGUCGGACCUUUAUCCGCCCCAUAAACGUGGUGUACCCAUGGCAUUAUUCACCCUCUCAGUAGUUCUUGGACCUGGGCUGGGAGCAGCGGUUAUGUGCUGGGCCGAAGCGGAUAGUAGGUUAGAAUGGAGAUGGAUUGUUUGGAUCCAAAUGAUUAUCCUCGCUGUAUACUGGCCAAUAACGCUUUUGAUAUUGAGAGAGACUCGGGCUCCAGUGUUGUUGAGACGGAAAGCAAAAAAGCUGCGGGAUGAAAGAGGGAUGCAGGAUGGUGGGAGAUAUACAGCAAGAAGUGAGGUAGACAAAGAACCUUUCUGGACCGCGAUGAGGAAGAGUCUCAGCAGACCUAUUCUAUUCGUCACGAUGGAACCAGUAGUUACCUUCUUUGCGAUAUGGGGGGCUUUGGUAUGGGGUGUCUUCUUCAUACAGAUUGCUGGUCUACCGUAUGUCUUCAAGACUAUUUACGGCUUCGGAACCACUGCUGCAGGAUCAACAUAUUGGGCUAUAGUUAUUGGUACUGUGAUAGGGUAUUUUCUCAACUACUUCCAAGAUGCCUUAUACAAGAGGAAUGUUGGUCGUAUAGGAGUAGAAGCACGACUGUAUGCACCAUGUGCAGCAGGUAUAGUGUUCGCCAUAGGAUGUGUCAUAUUCGGACUCACUUCGGUACCCAACGUUCACUGGAUUGGCCCUUGCAUCGGUAUAGCGAUUAUCUUGGCAGCUGCCUUCACGAUAUAUCAGACGUGUUUCAUCUAUCUAUCGGAAUGUUAUGGUUCGCAUGCAUCUUCAGCUGUCGCUGGCAUGUCCUUUCUUCGUAUCUUAGUCGGAAGUAGUUUCGCUAUGUUCACCAACCAACUAUUUGACGCGAUGACCCCUCGGUGGGGGUUGUUCAUGAUCGGCUGCAUCGCGCUUCUACUUGCUCCUAUUCCUUUCAUCGCUUUUUUCAAAGGUCCUUGGAUCAGGGAACGUUCACCCUACAGUAAGAUUCUGAUGGCUGAGGAAAGGAAAAGGAUAGAAGCGGAGGGUUUGAUGGAAGGUUCAGACGAUCUAGAAAGUAGAAUGGAGCAUAUGGAAGGAGAGUCGGUCAUGGAAGACGACAGGCUAAGGGACGAGAGAGAACACCCACGUAGGCUACAGUCCAACCAUAGGAAGGAUGUUCACAGACAGGGACAGUGA